UAUUUUUUUCGUCCAGUACUUGCUCGUCGUUCAACUUGUCGUUCAUGUUUUUAGUUUAAUUUUACCCGUUUUUGUAUUAGCAUUAGUCCUUUCUUUGGCGUAGUUUAACAUAAAAAGUCGGCAUCGCUGAGAUUAAAUAAUUUAAUAAAACUUGAAACUUCACAAUUGUAAUUGUUUCCACGGAGUGUUAAAUGCGAUUGAUUUACACCAAGAAAGGCACUGUAACCUUGGAACCUUUUCCAUCGUAGGGUAUUAAUCGCGCGUUUCCCUAUAAAAUAACAUCUAAACAUUCAGUGUCCAAAAACAAUCUGAACAUCGUUACUCCUUUAAGAUGGUAAUAUUGAACAAUGAAAAUGACGGUUACGACAUCGAGGAUUUGGAGCACUUCAUGAUUUGCUUCAAUUGCACAAGAUGUUCACCGUUCCUCAUAUACGCCGGCUCUAAUGAAAGGGUCGAGAAGUACCGCCCUUUAAACUCGGGGGUUCAUCUGUAUUGUCCAGAUUGCUCGCCGGAUCCAGAUCACUUUGCAAAAGUAUAUCCGGGUGAGAAAAGGUUAUUCGCAGAGAGCAGUAUACUAAAUGAUAAACAAUUGUUGGCAACGCUUGCCCAAUUCAAAUACUACAAUCCACACUAUGAACAGUUGGCUUCGCCCGAUCGGAUUAUUAUUACCGAAAACACUAAACUACUUCAGCCUUAUUCCAAGAUUUCAAAAAAACCUUUACCCAGAGCUAAGAAGCUAGAGAGACUGAUGAGUCUGUUCCCGGAAUUAAAUCGCAUGCCUAAUAUUAGGUUUGCUAGUCAAUGGGACGUUUGCGCUGCCGUGAAGAAAAAAUAUGCGGAAAUCUCCGAUAACUACAUGGCACUAUCUGAACAACAAUCCUGUGAGCUAUACGAUAUUUUUGACACAAUGGCGGGUGAGCGGACUCCUCAAGUUCAGCGACAAGAACGACUUAGUCAACGUGAUCGUCCUUCAAUGCAGUCUAUAUCAGCAGAAGAACCAAUGUACUCAACUGAACAGUCAGAGACUCAAUCUAUUCAAUUGAUUAUCUCAACAGACUCCUCAUUUGCAACAGACAUGAUUCGCUUACAAGACGGAUCAACCGAAGGGAGCGCUGCUGAAGGACAGAUAUCAGUCGCAUCCCUAGUAGUUUCUUCACAAGACAGGGAAGAUACAAGUUUGGCGGUGGAUUGUGGAAGCGAACUUUCCGAACAGACUGAUUUUGCAAUAGAGUCCGGAAUUUCGCAGAACAUUUCUAGUCAGCUGCCUUCUCAGCAAGAUUUUUCCAAUAGAACUGAGACUUCUUCACAAAGCGUUGUCUUCCCCGAAGUGAAUGUUAGUUCACAAAGUUUGCCCCGUACCCAAACCGUAUUCACUAUUGACGAAAACGUAGAAACAGAUGACGGAACAAUAAAUCACAGCGACGAGGCCGACGUUCCUAAUCCGCCUAGAAAACGUUUGUAUAGCCAACAGUCAUCACAAAGCGUUUCAUUGCAAAGCCAAACAGCUGGCCCGAGUUCUAGCGGUAUGCCGCCUAAAAGAAUUCGGUUUUCCUUGCCUGUAAAUCCCGAUCCCUUGGAAUACCGGCCAAAUUACCCGUCAGCUCGUAUACCUCGGCUGGGAGGUGGCUGAGUGGAUGUCUGUAAUCAUUUUUCUAAUAAUAUUUAUUGAACUUAUGGUUUAGUUAAUGCUGAAGAAUAUAUUGUUCCGACUGAGUUGAAUUUUCAAUCUUUAAA